UAAACUCAUUGCAGAAUAGUGAAACUAGCCAGACGGUAAGACAUCCUAUAGCGCACCUCAAAAGACUCCCGGCCAACAGACCGAAGAGUUAUCAGGCCAACAGAUAAUCUCAGAAUCGGUCCUAAUGGAGCUUUCUGAAGGCUCGCAAUCCUUUACGCAGAUGCUCCGUGGGCUAGAUGAUUUGGAACUGAAUUUGUCAGAGGGAUUCUCAGAAUCAAACUGCGUGCAGCGCUGAAAGCAGCCAGUCUCCGUCACACUAUUGUAUAUUCGGACAGACCCAAAAGAAGGAUCACGGGUGCUUCAUGUACUCUGAACGAGGACAUCGAUGCUAUUCUGCCUUUCUGUUCGAACGGGUUUACCCUAACACCACCCAGGAACCAAGCGACAUAUUUCCGCCCCAAACAGGGCACAACAUCGGCGCAAGUGCUUUGCGCAGAAUCCCCCAGGCCCAAAAAGUUACUUCUUCAAGAAACGGCCCUACACGGACAUGACUCCUCCCCGGCGUAUGACGGCACAGAAGACCAUACACACCGAGAACCCGCGGAGGAUUUCGGAGCGCCUGACAUUCACAAUAAAACAAUGAAACCGGAUGAUUUCAAUGUUUUAAAUGACAUUUCACAGGUAGACGACUAAAACGCAAAUACGGGCGCUAAAACCAGUUACCGAAAUGGACGUGCCUAUAAUUGAGACAGUUGAAAGCCUUUUGGCGAAAAUACCCCCGAUCUACUAGCUUUUAAUUGAACGGAUGAACGAGGGUGGGGUAUCAGACAUAAUUCCAAUAGACGAAAAUCUAUUUUCCCAAAUUCCCGCCGACCUAAUUGAAAUAAUUAAACAUAUGAACGAGUCAGGAACAACAUAUGAAAACCAAUUAUCUCAAAUCCCGCCAGCCCUAGUUUUUUUAAUAAACCAGAUGAACGAGAGUCUGAGAUCUUCUACACCUGACCCCCCAAGCAGCCCGCUAUUAAUGCCCCUUUCAGAAGAGUCUGAAACGGAAUAUGUACAGAAAUAAAUUCAGCAAUACAGAGAUUAGACAGUUUUUCAAUUUCACAUGGGUGAAUCAAAAUCUCGAUUAUGCUGUUUUUUACGUGAUGAUUUUGGAUGCUCUGAACGAACUGUUAGAGAGGGCAAGAGAUUAUGGCGAAUUUCGUGAUGUCUUACAGUUGGAAAUUUUUGGAGAUAGCAUGCAAAACACUGUAUCUCUUAUUUUACCCAAUGGUGAAGCAGAUCUUGAACAAUUUAUAGCCCUGCUGAAACGACUUGUUCAAUCAAAUUUAUCCAUCAUAGCCGAUAGGUCGCUGGAGCUUGUUGUGCAAUUAAUAAGACAAUCCCUGGGUGGUGGGGGGCAGAGAAGGAAGCUAGAUAGCCUAAUGCAAUCAGAAAUCAUAAACAAUAAAAGGGCAUGCCUCAUAAACGUUCACAAUCACGGUAAUAAGCUAUGCUUUGCAAUAGGCCUAGCACAUUUACUAAACCCUGGAUGUACGGAUCUAGAGGCGUUGCAAAAGGCUAGAGAGCUUCAAAAUGCUGUCGGUCUGGGCAUGCAGGAUGCAGUGGCAUUCUCUGACAUAGUCAAAUUUGAAAACUUUCUGAACAUCAAGAUUGUGGUUUUGUACCACAGUAGAGCUAAUGCUUCUCUCUUGAAAUUCCAAAACAACCCCCAAACUCAUCCUCAGAUCCUGUACUUUUAUGUGCAAAACGACCAUUACUAUGCAGUUACCAACAUCGGAGCGUUUUUAGGCGCACCAUAUGUGUGUCCAGCCUGUCAUACCGGCUACACCCGAAAGGGUGGCCACUCGUGCCGUUAUAACUGUUCCGUAUGUCUGGAUGAAAAAUGUCCGAUGCAGCCCUUAAACCUGACACCCUGUGCCGAUUGUCACAGGACAUGCCGUUCGGCCUACUGUUACGAAAAACACAACAUUGAAACAUGGCACCCCAAGGCCUGUAAAUCUGUAAGCAGUUGUGAUAUUAACAGGAAAUGUCCAAAAUGUCAAUGCAAUUACAACCUUAAAAUAGACAGCCCUAAACCUCAUGUGUGUGGAAUCAUUCAUUGCCCAAUCUGUAAAGGGCCUUUGAAAAGCAGAGACUCUGAAGUUGUUCAAGAUGUGCCCCACGAGUGUUAUAUUCAACCCUUGGCUGAAGAUGAACAUUCAGAGAAAUACGUUUUUUAUGAUUUUGAGACUAAUCAACAAUCAGGGGUUCAUUUGCCUAUUUUUGUAUCUACCAUGACUUUCAAGGGGGAUAAGUGGUCAGCUGAGGGACCCAAUUGUGCACUCCUCUUUCUAAAACACUUCAGAAAACCCCAGUACAGAAACUUUACGUUUAUAGCGCACAAUUCUAGAGCAUAUGAUUCGUACCUUCUUUUGAACCCUCUGAUACAGCAAGGCGUUGCACCCAGUGUCAUAGCUCAAGGUAGUAAAAUGUUGCGUUUUGUAGACCCCGCUUUCAACCAGAGAUACAUUGACAGUUUAAGCUUCUUACCAAUGAGAUUGUCUCAAAUGCCUGAGGCCUUGGGUUUUGAGAACUCUGUGAAAGGUUGGUUUCCCCAUUUUUACACUAUAUAGGAUCUUAUCCGAGACCUGAAAUGUACGGUUGUGAUCAAAUGUCUCCCAAAGAGCGAGAGAGAUUCAUGACAUGGUACGAGACAGUAUGUCACAGCACUUUUGAUUUCCACAAAGAGAUGGAGUCAUACUGUGACAACGACGUGGUUAUCCUUCGCGAGGGGUGCCUCAGAUUCAGAGCAGAGGUCAUCAAAGAUGCAGGCAUUGACCCCUGGAGUUGUACAACUAUUGCAUCGGCAUGCAUGAAAACCUAUCGUACACACUUUCUACCUCUAGCAUCUAUAGCUAUCCCCUCGCCUGACAACUACCGACGCCAAUUUAAGUCAUACUCUAGUGGCUCCAUUCAGUGGUUGGAGUACUUGGCCCAGGAUAAAGACAUUUUUAUUCAACAUGCUUUGAAUAGGGGUGAGAAGGCGUUUGGGCCUUAUAAUGUAGAUGGAUACACACAGAUUGACGGUGUUGAGACCGUGUUUGAGUACAACGGUUGUUUCUUCCACGGGUGUAAAUCUUGCUUUGAGCCACAGGCCCUGUGUGUCCUAACCCAAAAGACUUUCGGCGAAAUGUACCUAGAGUUUCAAGACAAAUGUGAAUCUUUACAGGCUACUUAUGGUUUGAAAGUGAAUGUUAUGUGGGAACAUGAGUGGACCGCACUCAAAAAGUCUGAUCCUCAUGUUCGAGCUUUCCUUUCCAGCUUUGACACACCCGAACCCUUGGAGCCACGACAGGCCCUGUAUGGAGGCCGUACCAAUGCUUUGACCUUGCGGUAUGUAGCGCAACCAGACGAGACAAUAGGUUAUGUAGAUUUUACAUCUCUUUAUCCUCAUGUAAUGAGUUCCUCGUGCUAUCCUAUGGGGCAUCCUGAAAUUAUUCACCGCGACUUUGACUUACCCCAAAACUAUUUUGGUCUGAUCAAAGCAACGGUCUACCCACCUAGGGGUUUGUUUAUACCAGUGUUGCCUUACAAGGGACCUCAAGGAAAACUUUUCUUUCCCCUAUGUCGCACCUGCAGUGAAAACAACAACCAGGAAAAGCCUUGUGAUCACUCAGAUCAGGAAAGAGCCCUUACAGCUGUCUGGGUUACACCUGAAUUCACAAAGGCUCUAGAGAAGGGGUAUCGUGUGGCCAAAAUCUUGAAAGUGUGGAACUUUUCCAGGAAAUCAGACACUCUUUUUAAAGAGUACAUCAAGACCUUCUUGAGAUGCAAGCAGAUGGCUUCAGGCUAUCCUUCAUCGGUCACAGAUCAAGAGAGCAAAGACAAGUACAUUCGAGACUAUCACGACAGAGAAGGCAUUCUUCUUGACCCUGACAGAAUAGAGGUCAACAAGACCAAACGAAAUGUGCCGAAAUUGUACUUAAACUCGCUUUGGGGGAAGCUUUCGCAGAGAUGCAAUACGCUAACAACGUCGAUCAUUAAAGACCCCAAAGAAUAUUUGGAAUUUGUUUUUUCGGACCAAUACGAAAUUUCACAUUUUUCAUUCUUGAGUCAAGACAUUGCCCUUGUGCAAUGGAGACGUAACACGAAGUGGGUUCUACCCCCGGGUAAUGUAAAUGUGUUUCUUGCAGCAUUUACCACGGCCUAUGGCCGACUUGAAUUGUACGCCCUCAUGGAGCAGCUUCAGAGGAGGGUUCUUUACCACGACACAGACUCUGUGGUCUAUGUAAGCAAACAGGGUGACUGGAGCCCCCCGCUUAGCAACUAUCUGGGUGGUUUAACGAGUGAACUCAAAGAUGGCGACCAUAUCACAGAAUGGUCCUCCUGUGGGCCCAAAAGCUAUGCUUUUAGGACUAAAGACAAUCACGUGGUGUUGAAAGCCAAAGGCGUGACUCAAAACUACGAAAAUGCCCCGCGUGUAAACUUGGAAUCAAUCACACGCUUGGUCGAGGGGUUCAUAAACGAUCGGAAUAGUGACUUGGAGAUUUUGAGCUCCUACAAAAAAAUUGUUAGGGAUAAAAAGGGCUUCCAUCUCAGGAAUGCCCCACUUACUAAAAGAUUCAGGGUAGUCUAUGACAAGAGAAUGCUUUUACCUAACGGGACCACACUGCCCUUUGGCUACUGACUUAUGCUACAAGCCCCAGUGUGUCUUAAAGCUUAAGAUAUAAUGGCUGCUGUAGAAGGUUUUGACCCCCGGUUGCAACUACCAUUUUUGGCCUUAAUCACAGGCCCCUCCAACAGUGGUAAAACUUGUUUUGUAAAAAGUAUUUUAGAGAAUUCUGAACAUGUGUUAUCUCAGAAGCCUGACAAUAUUGUGUGGUGUUAUUCAUGUUAUCAACCUAUGUAUGAUGAAUUGUUGAAGAAAAUAAAAAUCAAGUUUGUUGAAGGAA